ACAAUUUCUCCAAUUUUAUAUACCAAAGUACUUCCUUUAUUCCAUACUCUCUCUUUAAAAGUCUUAUGGCUGUUCCAAGAACCAUGUUUAUCCUUUUUUGAGUCUCUCUCUCUCUCUCUCUCUCUCUCUCUCUCUCUCUCUCUCUCUCUCUUAUAAUUGCUGCCUUUUGAGCUAGAAAUUAGAGAAGCAGAACUUUACAUCAAAAGUUCAAGAAACACACAAAAGGGCAGGUAUGGGGAGAGCUCCUUGCUGCGACAAAGCUAACGUGAAGAAAGGUCCAUGGUCACCUGAAGAAGAUGAUAAGCUUAAAUCCUACAUAGAGAAGCAUGGCACUGGUGGUAACUGGAUUGCUUUGCCUCAAAAAAUUGGCCUUAAAAGAUGUGGCAAGAGCUGCCGUCUUAGAUGGUUAAACUAUCUUCGCCCAAAUAUUAAGCAUGGAGGCUUUUCUGAGGAAGAAGACAGCAUAAUUUGCAGCCUCUAUAUUAGUAUUGGGAGCAGGUGGUCUAUUAUCGCAGCCCAAUUGCCAGGAAGAACCGAUAAUGACAUAAAGAACUACUGGAACACAAGGCUGAAGAAGAAGCUUCUUGGUAAGCAGCGGAAAGAGCACCAAGGUAGAAGGGGUAAUGGCCUGAAGCAAGAAAUGAAGAAAGGAAAUGCCAAUCCAAUAAUGUUUUCGUCAGCUGAUAACUUCAAUAGUCAAAACCCUUAUUGGCCAGAAUUGCCUUUGCUAGCUCAUCCCGUACCAUACUCAUACCAAGAACCUCGCUUUAAUGAUCAUGCGUCUAUUAGGAAGCUGCUUACCAAGCUUGGAGGAAGAUUUUCUGAUGAUGAUGAUCUAAUGAUUCACAAUUCGUCAAAUCCUCAAUUCCCCAAUGAGAUAUCCUAUACUCCACAGCUUUAUGAUCAGACCACCAAUAUCUCCUCUUCUGCUUCAAUGGAGGCCUUAAGUAAUAAUGCCAGUGCUCAGUUUGCUCAAACACAGUACAACAGCAUAGACUGGUCCGGAUUACAAAUGUUACAAGGACAAAGCAGUUUCCAUGGAGGAAGUGAGGAAAUUGCAUAUAACAACAACACGAAAAGAUUGGAUGGGCUGGAGUUUCUACUCGGUGACGAUAUUUUAAAUGAUAGACUAAAUGGUUCGUUGGGCGAGAUGAGCUCCCUGGUCUAUCCUCCUGUUGCUUCAAACUGUGAAGGGAUCCUACAACAAAAGUUGCUGUAAGAAUGUGCUACCUUUGAUGAGUGGAGGUGCCGACCUGGGUCGUUAUAAUUAAUAAUCUAUUGUGUACAUUGACAGUGUAGAAAUUUUUUAUAGAUUUGUAGCAAUAGGGAACAUGGUGUUGGAAUUUCUGAAAACCCUAAUAAGAUCAUCUGUGAUAUGUUUGCGUUUCGAAUUUAUCAUUGGAA